AUGGCAGCCAAGCACAUGGACGACGGCCCUCUCCUUCCCCAAACCGUGUACGACCCUAAGCAUGACCGGACACGACCCAUCGUAGCAAUGCCAGGGCGAGUUGGAAGUGUACGCUCUGGACAAUCCACCAUCAGAUCCUUUCGCCCGGGCGCACACGACAGUUUCAGAGCAUCCUAUGUACCGCUAAAUGAGCCGGGAUCCACGAACACGUCAACCCACAAUUUUCCUACAGAGCCUGCCCAAGCCGCAAUUCCACCUCUGAUCUUCCGCAACGACGCGUCACAAGCCUACGAUUACAAUACUUCACCCUCGGUCGUCUCUUUCUUGAACCAGAAUGGUGUUCCCCAACCCAAAGGUCCUCAGCAGACAAACGCCACGGUGAUCGGCCGAUGCACCUACGAGGUCAGCUUAGACCGCGGCUACUUCAACCACUUCAUUUCCUCGCCUACACCUAAAGAGCUUGAGCAACAUAGAGGACCCAGCGAGAAUACCGACAAGAGCCCUCUGAUUGGCGAUUCCAAAGACAUACCCGAGAAUAUGUCUACCAAGUCUUCGAGCCGAAGCCUUCCAUCCUCAGACAGCAACAUAGUGUUUAUGAAGGGCACCUCUGGAUUCGAAAAGAGCGAGGAGAAUCUCACACUGGUGCGACGAGCCAGGAAGACGGGGCUCACGACAAUAUUUCUCGCCAUUGUGGCCAUGACUUUCUUCCUCGAGGAAUGUGUCAUGGGGGCCGUAUGGGCGUUGUUGCUCUCGAAAAGAUCCAACGGUGCAAGUGCCUUUGCAAGAGGGUACUUCGAGAGCAAGGCCAUGAACUUCGUCGGCUCAGCCAUCGGAGCCCUCGUUGGCCUCAGCGUCCAGUGGUUCCUCUACCCUAAGCUCUCCCGGAACCGAGUCGCGCUACAGCUGUGGAGCUUCGUCCUCAUCUUCUUGACCUACAUGGGUUGCUGUAUUGCGGCUGGCAUGGCCAAGAGACUUGAAUACUGA